GGUUUUUUUAUUUUCUUUCUUUCUCUUCCCCGGUCUCAUUCCUCUGCUUUCAUUUCAUUCCAGUCCUCUCGCUCCAUUGUCAUUCCUCUCUCUCCCUCUCUCUCCCUCUCUCUCUCUCUCUCUUACCCUUCUUCCUCACCCCUUCCCUCUCCUUCUCCAUUUUUUUUUUUCUCUCCGUCUCACAUACACAUAUUCUUUCUUGACAAAUCCCUUCGUCAUGUCUACUCAACCUGUCUUACUUCCGAAUAGCAAUCCAAUAAGUACAAAUGAGAUAGAGGAGGAUGCCAAACUGAUGAAGCAACUGCAAGACGAAUUACACACUGCAGCGCUUCACGACGAAGACGACGACGAUGAGAACAUUAGUGCCUCCUCAGAAUCUUCUGCUACUUCUUCAUCCGCAAGUACUAUCAAGAUGCAGGCCAAUAUGCUCACUCCCGCUGAACAGGAGGCUGAAGAUGCUGCUAUGUUACAUGGUGUGCGAAUUUUUUUUGAAAACAACUUUAUUGAAGCACAGCGCAUCUUUGCAUCACAGGAUCAAGUCAAUCCUAUCUAUGCCCUUGGAUCGGGUGCUCUCGCCUUUAUGAAAGCUUGUAUGACAUUUAAUGAAUCCGACAUUCAGGACGCGAUCCGGAUCCUUCAGCAAUCGGAGUCACUCUGCAAUGCUCAGAUUCAUGCAGCCCCAAAAAAGUCAUCAUCCGUAAUAAGCUCAGUUUCGAAGCUCGUCUCGUCCGGUUGGAGCUAUUUUGGCUACAACAAGCACUCUUCUGGAAAAAAAGGCUCUGCAGAAGCACACCCAGCAGCACCAAAGCACAUGACGAACGGAGAAAUCCGCGCCAGGGUGGUUCGUGCUGAGAGUUUGCUACUAACCUCAUUAAUCUUGCUACUGCAGGAAAGCAUUAUGAGUUAUCUCAAGGCUGGACUAAACCUCAGAAAAGGGUACAAAUCUUACGAGAACAUUUGGACAGAGCUCAAAUCGAUGGGCGAUGAGGUCAACACACUCGUAGAUAACAAUACCCUAGGUGGCAUUUAUUUUGGGCUGGGAACAAUCCAUAUCGUUUUGGCGUCAAUGCCGGCUAAAAUACUCCGCGUCAUUUCAUCAUUUGGAUACUCAGGAGACAAAGCUUUUGGUUUCGACCUCGUUUCGAAAUGUAUUGCAGGCAAGGGAAUCCGCUCACCGCUUGGGUCACUCAUGUUCCUUUCUUACUACACCCUUCUUGCAGGUUUCGCGCCUUCUGUCUUGGGUGAAACUAAUAUUCCGAUCGCAGAUAAAAUCCUCAACGAGGCACUCAAAGACUUUAAAGAAUCCGCAUUUUUCCUCUAUUUUGAAGGGCGUAACUGUCGACUCAAAGGCUUGAUUAAAGAAUCAACCGCAGCGUUCGAACUGGCUUCUAGUAAGGCUACAGUGGAAUGGGGCCAGGAGCUAAAGAGAUUAUGUGACUAUGAGUUGGGACUGAACUGCGCCAUUCUGAUGCAAUGGGCACAGGCAGCAGUAUAUUUUGAAAAGCUGGUCAAGGAGAACUAUUGGUCAAAGGGAUUCUUCUUGUAUUUCAAGGCAGCGUCCUUGGAAGCUGGAGGUAACAAGGAAGAGGCCAUCAGCAUCUAUCAAACUAUUCCUGGCUUGGUGAACCGUAAAUUUGGUGGCCGUACAAUCCUCGUAGAACAAUACGUGACACGUAAGGUCAAAAUGUUUGAACAAACUGGGUUUGAGGACACGAAUCUGCCUGCACUCGAAAUCCUUUUAAUCUGGAAUGCAUUCCCGUCCAUGUCCAAAGAGAUAUUAUCAACAAAUCUUGCCCAAGUGGAUGAACAGAUCAGUAAAAAUAGGAGUAAGACCAGCCUUGACUCCCUUGCUGUGCUCAAGACAAUCAAGGGCGCUAUCUUACAUCAACUUGGACGGCACAAAGAAGGUGCUGAAUGCUUAGAUUGGGUGGUGGAGUUACCAACUAGUAAGACUUUGGAAGAAAAGUGGGUUAUUCCAUUUGCUUGUUGGGAGGCUGGUGUAGGCAGUUGGAUGGAAGAUAGAGCGUUGAAAGGUGAUAAACAAUGGGCACGAGCCAAGAUGUAUUGGGAUAAGGCAGCUAGUUACUCGGGUUAUGAGUUCGAGUUCAGGCUGUCAAUUCGUAUCCAUGCUGCAAUGAUGCGAAUUCAAGAGCUUGUUGAGCAAGCAAAGUUGAAAGCCUUCCACUAGAUGGGCACUUGGCGUUUAAAUGCUAAUAGACCAAUUCAUAGAAUUAUAUAAUUCAGACAAUAAACUAGUUAUAAAGUCCCUUCAACGCUGG